GUGCUUAGGGUGCGUGCGCGCGCGGGGCCUGCCCAUUUUCCUCCUCGCAGCAGUCAGUUGGGAGCUGGAGGGAGGGAGAGGGAGACGCAGGCGGCGAAACGGCAGAGGAGCCGAGCGCCCUCCGCCCAAGGCGCCCUCCCUCCGUCCGCGCACAGGCGCCGUCGCUUGGAGGAGCAAGGUGCCUCCCAACCCGCAGGGGCGCCGCGCGCAAGCCCGCUGGUUCUUUGGUGGCUCUGCCCCGGGACUGCACCUGGAGGCGGCCCCGGACGGGGAUGGUCAGCGGCUGCCGCCGUCUGGCUCGCGAGCGGGACGCGGUGAGGGCACCAUGGCGCUGACGCCCGGGUGGGGGUCCUCCGCGGGGCCGGUCCGACCCGAGCUCUGGCUGCUGUUGUGGGCAGCCGCGUGGAGCCUGGGAGCCUCGGCGUGCCCCGCCCUCUGCACCUGCACCGGAACCACGGUGGACUGCCACGGCACGGGGCUGCAGGCCAUUCCCAAGAACAUCCCGCGGAACACCGAGCGCCUGGAACUCAAUGGCAACAACAUCACUCGGAUCCACAAGAAUGACUUUGUGGGGCUCAAGCAGCUGCGGGUGCUGCAGCUGAUGGAGAACCAGAUUGGAGCAGUGGAACGCGGGGCUUUUGAUGACAUGAAGGAGCUGGAGCGGCUGCGACUGAACCGAAACCAGCUGCACAUGUUACCGGAACUGCUGUUCCAGAAUAACCAGGCUUUGUCAAGACUGGACUUGAGUGAGAACGCCAUCCAGGCAAUCCCCAGGAAGGCUUUUCGGGGAGCUACAGACCUCAAAAAUUUACAGCUGGACAAGAACCAGAUCAACUGCAUUGAGGAAGGGGCCUUCCGUGCUCUGCGGGGGCUGGAGGUGCUGACCCUGAACAACAACAAUAUCACCACCAUCCCCGUGUCCAGCUUCAACCACAUGCCCAAGUUACGGACCUUCCGCCUGCACUCCAACCACCUGUUUUGCGACUGCCACCUGGCCUGGCUCUCACAGUGGCUGAGGCAGCGGCCAACCAUCGGGCUGUUCACCCAGUGCUCGGGCCCAGCCAGCCUGCGUGGUCUCAAUGUGGCAGAGGUCCAGAAGAGUGAGUUCAGCUGCUCAGGCCAGGGGGAAGCGGGGCGCGUGCCCACCUGCACCCUGUCCUCCGGCUCCUGCCCGGCCAUGUGCACCUGCAGCAAUGGCAUCGUGGACUGUCGUGGCAAAGGUCUCACUGCCAUCCCGGCCAACCUGCCGGAGACCAUGACGGAGAUACGCCUGGAGCUCAAUGGCAUCAAGUCCAUCCCCCCUGGAGCCUUCUCACCCUACAGAAAGCUACGGAGGAUAGACCUGAGCAACAAUCAGAUUGCUGAGAUUGCGCCCGACGCCUUCCAGGGCCUCCGCUCCCUGAACUCACUGGUCCUCUAUGGAAACAAGAUCACAGACCUCCCCCGCGGUGUGUUUGGAGGCUUAUACACCCUACAGCUCCUGCUCCUGAAUGCCAACAAGAUCAACUGCAUCCGGCCCGAUGCCUUCCAGGACCUGCAGAACCUCUCGCUGCUCUCCCUGUAUGACAACAAGAUCCAGAGCCUCGCCAAGGGCACUUUCACCUCCCUGCGGGCCAUCCAGACUCUGCACCUGGCCCAGAACCCUUUCAUUUGUGACUGUAACCUCAAGUGGCUGGCAGACUUCCUGCGCACCAAUCCCAUCGAGACAAGUGGGGCCCGUUGUGCCAGUCCCCGGCGCCUCUCCAACAAACGCAUCGGGCAGAUCAAGAGCAAGAAGUUCCGGUGCUCAGCCAAAGAGCAGUACUUCAUUCCAGGCACAGAGGAUUACCAGCUGAACAGCGAGUGCAACAGUGACGUGAUCUGUCCCCACAAGUGCCGCUGUGAGGCCAGCGUGGUGGAGUGCUCCAGCCUGAAGCUCACCAAAAUCCCUGAGCGCAUCCCCCAGUCCACGGCUGAACUGCGAUUGAAUAACAAUGAGAUUUCCAUCCUGGAGGCCACUGGGAUGUUUAAAAAACUUACACAUCUGAAGAAAAUCAACCUGAGCAACAAUAAGGUGUCAGAAAUUGAAGAUGGGGCCUUCGAGGGCGCAGCCUCUGUGAGUGAGCUGCACCUGACUGCCAACCAGCUGGAGUCCAUCCGGAGCGGCAUGUUCCGGGGUCUGGAUGGCUUGAGGACCCUGAUGCUACGGAACAACCGCAUCAGCUGCAUCCACAACGACAGCUUCACGGGCCUGCGCAACGUCCGGCUCCUCUCGCUCUACGACAACCAGAUCACCACCGUGUCCCCAGGGGCCUUCGACACCCUCCAGUCCCUCUCCACACUGAACCUCCUGGCCAACCCUUUCAACUGCAACUGCCAGCUGGCCUGGCUGGGAGGCUGGCUGCGGAAGCGCAAGAUCGUGACGGGGAACCCGCGAUGCCAGAACCCUGACUUCUUGCGGCAGAUUCCCCUGCAGGACGUGGCCUUCCCUGACUUCAGGUGUGAGGAAGGCCAGGAGGAGGGGGGCUGCCUGCCGCGCCCGCAGUGCCCACAGGAGUGUGCCUGCCUGGACACCGUGGUCCGCUGCAGCAACAAGCACCUGCGGGCCCUGCCCAAGGGCAUUCCCAAGAAUGUCACAGAACUCUAUUUGGACGGGAACCAGUUCACGCUGGUUCCAGGACAGCUGUCUACCUUCAAGUACCUGCAGCUCGUGGACCUGAGCAACAACAAGAUCAGCUCAUUAAGCAAUUCCUCCUUCACCAACAUGAGCCAGCUGACCACGCUGAUCCUCAGCUACAAUGCCCUGCAGUGCAUCCCGCCUCUGGCCUUCCAGGGACUCCGCUCCCUGCGCCUGCUGUCUCUCCAUGGCAAUGACAUCUCCACCCUCCAAGAGGGCAUCUUCGCAGACGUGACCUCCCUGUCUCACCUGGCCAUUGGUGCCAACCCCCUAUAUUGUGACUGCCACCUCCGCUGGCUGUCCAGCUGGGUGAAGACUGGCUACAAGGAACCGGGCAUUGCCCGCUGUGCUGGGCCCCUGGACAUGGAGGGCAAGCUGCUCCUCACAACGCCUGCCAAGAAGUUUGAAUGCCAAGGUCCCCCAACUCUGGCUGUCCAGGCCAAGUGUGAUCCCUGCUUGUCUAGUCCGUGCCAGAACCAGGGCAUCUGCCACAACGACCCCCUUGAGGUGUACAGGUGUGCCUGCCCCAGCGGCUAUAAGGGCCGAGACUGUGAGGUGUCCCUGGACAGCUGUUCCAGUGGCCCCUGUGAAAACGGGGGCACCUGCCAUGCACAGGAGGGCAAGGAUGCCCCGUUCAUGUGCUCCUGUCCCACCGGCUUUGAAGGACCAACCUGUGGGGUGAACACGGAUGACUGUGUGGAUCACGCCUGUGCCAAUGGGGGUGUCUGUGUGGACGGCGUAGGCAACUACACCUGCCAGUGCCCCGUGCAGUAUGAGGGAAGGGCCUGUGAACAGCUGGUGGACUUGUGCUCUCCGGAUCUGAACCCGUGUCAACACGAGGCCCGGUGUGUGGGCACCCCGGACGGGCCCAGGUGUGAGUGCGUGCCAGGUUACGCAGGUGACAACUGCAGCGAGAACCAGGAUGACUGCAGGGACCACCGCUGCCAGAAUGGGGCCCAGUGUAUGGAUGAAGUCAACAGUUACUCCUGCCUCUGUGCUGAGGGUUACAGUGGACAGCUCUGUGAGAUCCCUCCCCAUCUGCCUACCCCCAAGAGCCCCUGUGAGGGGACUGAGUGCCAGAAUGGGGCCAACUGUGUGGACCAGGGCAACAGGCCCGUGUGCCAGUGCCUCCCAGGCUUCGGUGGCCCUGAGUGUGAGAAGUUGCUCAGUGUCAACUUUGUGGAUCGGGACACUUACCUGCAGUUCACUGACCUGCAAAACUGGCCACGGGCCAACAUCACAUUGCAGGUCUCCACGGCAGAGGACAAUGGGAUCCUUCUGUACAACGGGGACAACGACCACAUUGCAGUUGAGCUGUACCAGGGCCAUGUGCGUGUCAGCUACGACCCAGGCAGCUACCCCAGCUCUGCCAUCUACAGUGCUGAGACGAUCAACGACGGGCAGUUCCACACUGUUGAGCUGGUCGCCUUUGACCAGAUGGUGAAUCUCUCCAUUGACGGUGGGAGCCCCAUGACCAUGGACAACUUUGGCAAACAUUACACGCUCAACAGCGAGGCGCCACUCUAUGUGGGAGGGAUGCCCGUGGACGUCAACUCAGCUGCCUUCCGCCUGUGGCAGAUCCUCAAUGGCACUGGCUUCCAUGGCUGCAUCCGAAACCUAUACAUCAACAACGAGCUGCAGGACUUCACCAAGACUCAGAUGAAGCCGGGCGUGGUGCCAGGCUGCGAACCCUGCCUCAAGCUCUACUGCCUGCAUGGCAUCUGCCAGCCCAACGCCACCCCGGGGCCCAUGUGCCACUGCGAGGCCGGCUGGGUGGGCCUGCACUGUGACCAGCCUGCUGAUGGCCCCUGCCAUGGCCACAAGUGUGUCCAUGGGCAAUGUGUGCCCCUCGACGCUCUUUCCUACAGCUGCCAGUGCCAGGAUGGGUACUCGGGGGCCCUGUGCAACCAGGCCGGGGCCCUGGCAGAGCCCUGUAGAGGCCUGCAGUGCCUGCAUGGCCACUGCCAGGCCUCAGCCACCAAGGGGGCACACUGUGUGUGUGACCCCGGCUUUUCGGGCGAGCUGUGUGAGCAAGAGUCCGAGUGCCGGGGGGACCCUGUCCGGGACUUUCACCAGGUCCAGAGGGGCUAUGCCAUCUGCCAGACCACGCGCCCCCUGUCAUGGGUGGAGUGCCGGGGCUCGUGCCCAGGCCAGGGCUGCUGCCAGGGCCUUCGGCUGAAGCGGAGGAAGUUCACCUUUGAGUGCAGCGAUGGGACCUCUUUUGCCGAGGAGGUGGAAAAGCCCACCAAGUGUGGCUGUGCCCUCUGCGCAUAGCGCUGGGCGUGGACAGGCGGGUGAGGGUGGGCAAGGGGGCCCAGCCGCUGCAGCAGCAGAGACAGUCGCCAGCAGCUGGGCUGGGGUGCAGGUCAUCACAGGACGGCUCCUGGGCAGCUGGGCCCUCCUGGAUGGGGUGGUGCCAGAGCAGCCUUUUAAAAGCAAAUUGCGCCAUAGCUGGGGGCAGCGGGGGUGGGCGAGGCCUGAGCUGCGGGCUGCCCUCUCCGGAAGUGCCUUGCACAAAUAGGCGCUUAAUAAAUAUUUGUUGAAUGAAUGUGUGCGUGAGGUCAGGCCAAGAAGUGCAGAACGAUGACACCCCUCCUUAUCUGCUACCUGAGUCUGGAGAAGAAAAAUGACAGCUUUCCAAACCAACCCUUCCCUCUGGCCUGUGGCCCAGGCUGGCUUGGAGCUGGGUCCGUGGCCCCGGAAGCCUCUUACCCCUCUGCAGGCAACCACGAAGUAUUCUCAGUCUCCCUGGGCAGCCAGCCUGGUUCAUUCUGCUGCUACAGAAUCUGCUGGUGGUAGGCUAGGCUGUGGAGCGGGGAUGCCGCCUCCUGCUGGCCAGGGAGGGUCGGACCCUUCCCCGCUGGAUUGACUGCAGCCACUGCUUGGGAACGAGGCUGUGGGUGGAGGUGGUUCUUAGGACCAGGCCUCUGAAUCCUAAAGUUCUAGGAUGACUACUGUAGCUUCAAGGAGGACUUAUGUGGAGGAAACAGCCACAGGGGCUGCUUAGGGUGGCAGACCCCACCAAAGAGGGCAGGGGGUUCUUUGCUCUAGGUAAACAAACAUCAUCCGCCUCCAGACACUGGCCACAGAAGGGGUAUUGGUCCUGGGCUUCCCCAGCCACCAGUCAGCCACAAGCUGUCGGUGACCUAUUGGCAGAGGGACUGGGUGUGAGGGUCUGGCCCAGGGUGCUUGACCAGGGAGCAGCUGGUUCAGAGUCCUUCACACUGCAGGCCAGUAGGGAGCAGUGGAAGGGACAGUGCUCCAGGCAUUGGGAAGUCCCCACUGGCUCUAUCAGUCGGGGCAAACUUUUCCCUGCCUGGGCCUCGGGUUCCUCAGCUGUAAAAUGGCCGGAGGUAGGGGCAGGAUGACUAAAGGAAUAGUGCAGACUCCCCGACUGUGGUCUUGGGAGGCCAGAGGAGUUAGAAGACCUAUUUUCAUUGAUCACAUCAAUAAGUAUAUAUGUGCCUAACCCAGGGCUGGGGACUGCUGAUUAGAAGGCUAGAGCUGGGGUAGAGGGUGCCUGGCAUGUCCCAUGCCACAGGGACUCAACCUAGCAACUAUGAGUCCUGGGGUCCCUGUGAUGGGAAGAGGGCCCUGCCCUGCUUAACGUGGGAGGUGUCCUCAUGGCAGGAUCUGCCCCUCACCAGGGGGCUGGGAUCUACUUGCUUGGAGCUCUGAGCAAGGCCACAAUGUCUGGCCCCACCCGCAAGUAGACGGCAGCCUGGGCCUCAUGGGGCUUCUCCCAGGACCACAUGGCAUCCCUCUCUUACUCUGAGUUUCCAGGCCACGUUGGGACCCUGCAGAGCAUCUGCACCGGGCUGGAUAGGGCAGAAAAGCUCAAGAGCAGCCAUCUUGCCUCUUCCCUGGAAGAAAGCUGCUCUGGGACUCGCCAACCCUGAGAAAGAUAGCUUCCCUGGCCACCACCAUUCCCCACCACCCUGGAGAAGUCAAUUCCCAGGCUUGAAGGGCACUGACUGGCAGGAGGCCUCUUCAUUCUGCAGGAGGUGGAAAGGGUACCUGUAGACAGGUGAUGCUUACCCCUCACCUGGCGCCAUGGGGCUGGGAGGUGAGCGGCUGGUGUGUUUGUUCCCAGGGAGCACCAUGUGAGCUUAAGGCUCCCCUGACCAGCCCCACCACAUGGUCCAGGCUCCUAGCACAGCAGCGCUGACCUCGGUGCAGUCUGAGGAUUGGAAUCCACCAUGAGAUGAGCUGAGAGCUGUGUGUCCCAGGACCAACUUUUUCUCCAACUUGGCCAUCAACCAGCGAGUUGCUAAGGACUUGAGUCAGCACUCACGUUGCCUGUUCAUACUCCGCUUGAAAGUCCGGAAGGCGGCUACUGCGAAAUCGCCCCUCUGAGAAGUCCUCUCUCCACAUCUUGCCCCCCUUUGUGAAGACCCCUAGUUCGCUCUGCAUUUUAGACAUGAAGAGAUACAGCAGGGUGCGUCCCGAGGGAGCUGUGGCCUUGCAACACCACUGGCAACAGGGCCGGGGCUCCCGGCGAAGGUGUCAGGAAGUGGAAAAGGCUGGACUUUGUCUCCUCUUUGCCUGCUGGCAGCCUAACCGCAAAAGUAUCUCUUUAUACAGAAUACUUACAGAUUCUAAUAUAUAUUUGUAUUUCA